GUGCACCAACUCCAUUUAUUAAAGGAACAAAUCCUAGGCUCAGUAUCUUUGACAAAUCUUUGUGUCGUCAUUCGUAAAAUCUUAACCCCUGCCAAAGCUUAUUAUAAGCGAUCAAUCUUAUCUCCCAUUCUCCACAAGGAGCAGAGAGACAACUCAGAACUGUUCAUCAAUGGACCAUCCCUCUCCUCACGUGCUCCUCUUCCCUCUUCCAAUACAAAGCCCUAUCAAUUCUAUGCUUCAUCUUGCCGAGCUCUUCUGUCUCGCCGGUUUGCAGGUCACUUUCCUCAACACCAACCAUAAUCAGAAACUUCUCCUCCGUCACACCAACGUGGAAUCAAGAUUCCGGCAAUAUCCCCGGUUCCGUUUCCGGACCAUUUCUGACGGCCUACCGGAGGAAAAUCCCCGAUCGUCGGUACAGUUUGGAGAGCUUAUUAGCUCUUUGCAAGCUGUGGCGGAGCCUUUCCUCAGAGAAAUAUUGCUCAGUAGUAGUAGUGAUGGAGUUACAGAGCCGCCGGUGACGUGUGUUAUACCAGAUGGGUUGUUUUAUUAUGCAGUGGAUAUUGGUAAUGAGAUAGGAGUUCCAGUUAUCCCUUUCGACACUAUUAGUCCUUGUUGCCUUUGGGUUUAUCUCUGUAUUCCGAAACUCAUUCAAGCCGAAGAGAUUCCUUUCAAAGGAAAUGAUUUGGACGCAUUGUUCGAAAAUGUAGCUGGCAUGCAAGGUCUUCUACGCCGUCGUGAUUUUCCGUUCUAUCGUCUAAUCGAUUAUGCCACCGACCCCUAUUGCCAAAUCGCACUCAAAGAAGUGGAGAGUAUCCCUCGAUCCAAUGGACUCAUAUUAAACACAUUUGAAGAUUUAGACGGCCCAUUGCUCUCCCUCAUUCGCUCUCAUUGUCAACAAACUUAUGCUAUUGGGCCAUUACACUUGCAUCUUAAGACUAAACUUGCUGAAAAAAGGAUGCCAAUAUCAGCCUCUUCAAAUAGUUUGUGGGAAGAAGACCACAGUUCAAUUCAAUGGCUCGAUGCGCAGCCCAUCGAAUCAGUAAUCUAUGUAAGUUUUGGAAGUAUGGCAACUUUGUCAAAGGAGGAAAUCUUGGAGUUUUGGCAUGGGUUAGUAAAUAGUGGAAUCAGAUUUUUGUGGGUCAUGAGGUCCAACUUGUUAAGGGGAGAAGAAUCGAACCACCAAUUUGUGAAGGAGCUUUCCGAGGGAUGCAAAGAAAGAGCCUACAUAGUGAGUUGGGCUCCACAAGAAAAGGUAUUGGCCCACUCUGCUAUUGGUGGGUUUUUAACUCAUAGUGGAUGGAACUCGACUAUGGAAAGUAUUGUUCAAGGAAAGCCCAUGAUCUGUUGGGCUGUUUAUGUGGACCAACGAGUCACAAGUAGAUUUGUGGGUGAGGUGUGGAAAAUUGGGGUGGACAUGAAGGACAUUUGUGAUAGAUACAUUAUAGAGAAGAUGGUGAAAGAUUUAAUGGUAACAAAUAGGGAUGAGUUUAAGAAAUCAGCUGAGAAAUUAUCUAAUUUGGCAAAAGAAAGUGUUGGAGAUGGAGGUUCAUCGUACAAUGCUCUUCAAUGUCUCGUCGAUGACGUUAAAAAGUUAGGCAGAAAAGGGAAGGAUAUCAAAUCUAAUUGCAUUGGAUAAAAAGGGUAAAGCUUAGCAUCAUUAUUUUGUACACAAGGGCAACUGAUAUAAAUAGUCCAAUGUUCAACUAAAAGAAUAGAUAUUUUCUUCUUCUUUUAUUGGAUACAA